AUGAUGCUCCCCUCCAUUAUUUUCAUUUUUAUCUUGUCAUUUUUCACCAUACAUCUAACUCUAAUUUCAUCAAAAUCGGUUGUUAUUGAAAUCAAAGGUGACUGUGCAAUCGUUGGUGAAAGAAUAGCACAAGAACAUGGAUAUCGUUAUAUUCGACAGAUAUUUGAUGGAUUCUGUGAAAUUGAAGAAGAUCCAUUGUCUGAAAAUCAUAAAAGAUAUCGACGAGCUAUUGAACAAGGAAUUGAUCCUGUUGACAUGCUUUUAAAUCAUGAACAUGUUGAAUGGGCUGAAAGUCAAAUACCAAAAAUACGACAAAAACGAGAAUUUACCUUUAAUGAUCCUCAAUGGUAUUCAAUGUGGUACUUGAUAAGACAUUCGCAAGUGCCUUCUUUACCAGAUUUAAAUGUAACAGGUGCCUGGGACUUAGGUUAUACAGGUCGUGGACAAGUUGUUACAUUUCUUGAUGAUGGUCUCGAAUUCGAUCAUCCCGAUCUAUCAGAGAAUUAUGAUAAAGAAGCGAGUACAGAUAUCAAUAGUAAUGAUGAUGAUCCAACACCACGCUAUGAACCAACAAAUGAAAAUAAACAUGGAACUCGAUGUGCUGGUGAAGUAGCAGCAAAAGUGAAUAAUAAUAAAUGUGGAGUUGGCAUUGCUUAUCAUGCGAGAGUAGGUGGUAUUCGAAUGUUGGAUGGUGAUGUAACAGAUAGUGUUGAAGCCCGAUCGCUUAGUCAUCGACCGAAUCAUAUUGAUAUUUAUUCUGCUAGCUGGGGACCUGACGAUAAUGGUCUUGUUGUUGAUGGACCUGGCAGAUUAGCAAAAAAAGCAUUUGAGAAUGGUGCCUUAAAUGGUCGAGGUGGUAAAGGUUCAAUAUUUGUUUGGGCUAGUGGAAAUGGUGGUCGACAAUCGGACUCAUGUGCAUGCGACGGUUACAUUACUUCUAUUUACACUAUUGCUAUUAGUGCCACAACAGAACAUGGAAAUAAACCUUGGUAUCUUGAAGAAUGUUCUGCUACUCUAGCAUCAGCAUACAGUAGUGGCCAAUUAAAUACUGGUGAACAUGAUAUUUUUACAACAGAUUUAAACCAUGCUUGUACAAAUCAUCAUACGGGCACAUCAGCUGCAGCACCAUUAGCAGCAGCUAUCUAUGCACUUGUUCUUGAAGCAAAUCCUAGUCUAACAUGGCGUGAUAUUAUGUAUAUAACAGUUAUGGGUUCUCGCCCAAAUGCUAUUCCAGCAAAUACAAUUAUUGUUCGAAAUGCUGCUGGAUUUAAUGUGAGUAGUCGAUUUGGUUUUGGUUUAAUGGAUGCUGGUUUAAUGACAUGGUAUGCCAGUGGUUGGAAAAAUGUUCCUCCAAUGUCAUCAUGCGAAUCAGUAGCAAGUGUUCCGAAACGAAUAAUAAGAGGACAUUCAGAUCAAAUAUUCUCAUUGAAUUUAAUGGAAUGUAAAAUCGAUGUUGAUCCGAAACGUGAAGUUAAUUAUAUUGAACAAGUACAAGUAUUUGUUACUUUAUUAACAGACCGACGUGGUGAAAUUGAAAUCUAUCUUUAUUCACCAUCCAAUACAAAAACACAACUUUUACCAAGACGAGAUCAUGAUCAAAGUAAUAAAGGUUUUCAAGAUUGGCCUUUUCUAACAGUACAAUUAUGGGGUGAAGCACCACAUGGACAAUGGAAACUUCAAAUAGUCAAUAGUGGCGGUGGAACAGCUACAUUAUUAUCUUGGAAGCUGAUCGUCCAUGGUACACGUGAAGAUCCUAUUUCACCUCGUUCUACACGUAUUCAGUCACCAUUUGAACCCGAUCGAUCUAGUUGUCACAUCGAAUGUAAACUUGAUGAGCCAUGUGGUAAUAGGGAUACGAACUGUACAGCAUGUCGGCAUUUUAAACAACCAUUGACUGGCGACAAUUUUCGUUGCGUUGGUAUAUGUCCCGAAGGAACUUAUCUGUAUGAACAAGAAAAAUUAUGUUUACCGUGUCAUCCUCAAUGUGGUUCAUGCCGGAAUGCAAGUAAAACAAGUUGUAUCAGCUGUAAAUCUGAUUUAUUCCUUGUACAUGAUGAAAUGACUUGUGCUGAAAUUUGUCCUGAAAAAUAUUAUACUGAUCGUCAUCUUCGAAAAUGUAUUCGCUGUAAAAAUGAUUGUGCAUCAUGUGAUACAAGUUCUCAUAUAUGCACAUCAUGUCCUGAUAGCCAUUCGCUCAAAGAUACAGAUUGCAUAAAAGCCUCACAACCCUGUGAAUCAAAUGAAUAUUUUGAUUUUAUUAAAAACGAUUGCCAAUGGUGUAAUUCAAGAUGUUUAACAUGCAGUGGUUCAAGAAUUGAUCAAUGUAAAUCCUGUGAUAAAACAAGCGAAUAUUCAUAUCUUCAAUACCAUGCAUGUGUAUCGACAUGUUCACCUGGAUUUUAUCUUUCGCCAAGUUUAUACGAAUGCCUUCCAUGUCAUGAAACAUGCCUCAAUUGUACAUCAUCAAGUGAAGCAGCUUGUACAUCUUGUAAAAUAGGUUAUGUUUUUCUUUCGGAUGAUCAUCGUUGCGAAAAACAUACUGGUAAACCCUAUUAUCUUGAUAUAGAUACAGGUGAAACUCAUACAUGCCAUGGAUCAUGCGCACAAUGUAAAGGACCAAAUCCAAAUGAUUGUAUCGCAUGUAAUUUAGUAAAUGAAGUCCUACUCGAUGAUGGGCAUUGUGUUAAUAAAUGUCCAAUAGGAUCAUAUAAAAAUGAAAAAAAGACGAUUGAUUUACAAAUAUAUAUUUGUUCACCAUGUUCAAUGGGAUGUCUAGAAUGUAAUAAUGAGAACCAAUGUAAAAAAUGUGAUGAACUCAAAAGUUAUAGAUUAGUAGGUUCGAUGUGUGUUCCAAUAUGUAAAUUGGGUACUUUUCCAUUGGGUAGUCAUUGUGAAUCAUGUCAAAAUUCAUGUUCAACAUGUACAAAUUUAACAACUUGUUUAACAUGUAUGGAUUCAUUAGUUUUAUUCAAUAAUCAAUGUAUAGAAGAAUGUCCUGAGAGUCAUUAUUUAUACAAUCAACAAUGUUUGCCAUGUCAUCCGGUUUGUAAUAGUUGUAACGGACCAUCUGAAGAUGAUUGUAACACGUGCGCACAAGGUUUUAAAUUUAAUGCAAAUGAAAACAAGUGUUCUAGUCAAUGCCCGAAUGGAAAUUAUUUUGAUAAAGAUGAAAAGAAUUGCAAAACAUGUACAAAAAAUUGCCUUGAAUGUUUAAGUCCAGGUUCGUAUUGUCGUCGAUGCAGCUUUCCCAUGGCACUCGAUACAUUAACACAUCAAUGUUUAUAUUGUUGCACAACAAAUAUAACAACAGAUAACUGUUGCCAAUGUUUAUCAUCAUGGGAUGGUUUUUGUCUUCAUCCACUUGUAACACCAUCGGUGCACCUAAACGAUUGGUUAAUCUCGCCGAUUCAUAUAAUGAUUAAUAAAUUUAAUUCAUUAGAUGACUUCUAUCAAACAUUUAUUAUUAUUGCAUUAAUUAUAUUUUCAAUAAGUAUUAUAAUAUGUUUAAUUCUUCUUGGUCUUCGUCAAAUAAUAACUUCUCGUUUAACAUCAAGAAAUGAACAUGAAAAUGUUGAAUAUGUUAUGCUACAAAAUGUUGAUGAUCAAGAUGAUGACGAUGCAAAAUUAGUAACAACAAAUGGUCAUACAAAAAAAUCCCCAUCUAAAGAAACAUCUAUUUCAUUUAAUCAUACCGAAGAGACUUGA